GAGUCCAGCCCAAGCGGGCGUGACCCAGCCCAACCCUUUUUCUGAUAAGGGGGCAAUGCCCCUUUCACAUUUUAUUUCAUACCAAACGCCACCUUAUACUCCCUCUCUCUCAUUUCUUUCCCCUUUGCCCUAAAAACCCUAGCGCCGCCUCCAUUCUCUCUCUCUCUCUUUCAUGCCAAGAAUGCAAUGGUACAUAAAUCUUAGAGUUCUCGCAGGUUUAGUACAACCAAAAGGAUGAAACAAUUAAUGUUUCAACAUUUUUUCACUCGGAUCCGUCCAAACACGGUAUAAUCAUCUCCUCUUUCACUGUUCUCUUUAUUCCUAAAUCAAAACACGAAUUUUGCAUCUUUGUUGUUAUAAUGGGACUAUACGAACUUGAUUACUAUUGGUUCGCAAGGGUUUAGUUUGGAUCUACCUAGAAUGGGUCAGAUCCAACCGCAUAUGUUUAACUUUAGUGAAUCUUAGCCAUUAAUUUCAUAGUAUUAUGUUUUGCAUCUAAAAAAAUCCCUUGGUACCACAUCGUUGGUUUAGAUCUUUGAAUGAACUUUGGGGUUCUACAAGACAGAGAAGAAAAAAGAGGAAAGAAAGGAGGAGAUGCGAAAAGUCCCAAAUUUUAAGUAAUAAAACUUGACAUUAUGGCUUUCCUAGUCAAAAUUUUAAACUUAGCUUUUAAGAGUUGAGUUAUCUAGUUUCAAAAUUUUAAUUUCUUUUUGUUGUGUGUGUGUGUGGCUGAGCUUGAUUUUGGAAGCACAAAGAAGGCUCCAAGUCCAUUCUUGCUCCGGUUGCACCCCAAAAAGGUAAUUUUUUUAGCUUGUCAUUGCUUUUACUUUAAUAAUCUUGCUUAGUUUUAAAAAUAGUUUAAUCAUGUGCUAUUUAGUCUGGUAUUGUGUUGAUGAUGUGGGUUAGUUAUGUUGUUAGUUUGAUGCAAUGAAGUGUUCCGUGUUUAUUUUAAGUUGCUAACACAGCUGUGUUUCACUUAUCUGCAUAUCAUGUUUUGUUCAAAUGAUCAAUAUAGCAAGGUGUAUCUGUACUUAAUUGUGUAGCUUAAGGUUUGCUUGGUUGUAUGUUGUUCUUAAAGGAUUGAUUCAAGUUUAUUAUUUAUGGUCGGUAUGUGUUAACAUGUUCUUUUGUUUUACUUAUCAAAGCCAUGAUCACAUAGGGUAAGAUAAAAGUAGGAUGAUCAAGAGGCUUCUGGACUAAGUUAAACAAAAAAAAAAAAAAAAGGAAGGCUGAAGCUAAUGUUUAAAGUCCUAUUUUGCUUAAACUAGUUUGGAGAGAUGGGGUAAUUGAUGUGUGAAAUCAUGACAUAGUCUGAACCAAGAUCAGUAAACAUUAUAAAUGUCUAAGUAUUUUCAAGACAAGAUGUUAGUUAAAAUGAAGAUUAGCUUAGCUGCCUGGGAUUCUGGAUUAGGCAAUUAUCUUGCCAAAUAUUUUUGCCUUGAAUACACGAUUUAAGAAGCUCUUUUAGGAUCUGUUUGUACUACAACUUGAUUGAUGUAACCUUUUUUAAAAAAAAAAAAACUGUCCAUGAUCACCUUGGAUCAUUGAACUAAGUGUAUAUUGAACCUGUUUGAUAACUUGCUAGCAAGUCUGUAAUGGUAUUUUGUUGGGAGUAUGCUGUUGUUUAUCUUAUCUGUCAGAUCCCCUAUCUUACCAAAACUGUCAUGGCUUGUUUUCUUCAUGUUAAAAUCAACUUCAAAUAGAACAUGAUAGCCUAUGGGAACUCUGUUAUGGCCAAAGGAUUAAAAACCAUUUUAUGACUAAAUUUCUAGGCUAAGCUAACUGUAAGGCCAAUUUGUUGUCACUAACUAGGAAUUUAACCUGGUUGGAUGAUAAGAAGAUCAAGCCACUUGUGUGCACAUGGCAAACCAUAAGUCACUUGGCCUGGUAAGACUUUUAAAGGCAUCUUAGGAUGGAGAUUGAGAAGAGUCAAAUAUAACCUGGCUCAUAGUAUCUUUUCCCUAAAUAAAAGGUGCCAUGACAUGCCUUUGGGUCUAUGGGAUGUGUGUUUGGUCAUGUUCAUGCCUGUGGACUGCUAUUUUUGUUAUUGGAUCAAAGGUUGUAAUAAAAAUGGAUUUGCUAAGUGAUAAAAUAUGACUAGCACAGUUAAAGGAGAGGAACUGCCCACUUGGAUCACUGAUUCCCAGAAUGAGGAAAAGAAUUGGAAAGAUUGAAAUGUGAAAAGUUUUACUCUUUAAAUAAACUGUUGAGUCUAAGUCAUUUGAUCUAUUUGAAUACCUUGUGUUAUCCCGCCUCUUUAAAAAUCUGGUUGAAACUGGAUGUCAUGGUUGUUUCUUUUCUUUCUUCCAUCUCACCUAGGCCAUAGUGUAUAUGUAUCAUGUCUAUGUUUUCUAUAUACUUUCCUCUAUGCUGUUGAGUUUAAUUGAAGCCUAAAGGGGUCAUCCUUGUACUGUCUCCAGUUUCUUGAACUUGUUAAAAUCCUAUCUUGUUUGUGGUAUGUCAGCUUAUUUUAUUCUAAACUUUAUAUUCCCUAUGUUCUGUUGAUAGGAUGAGUUCUUUGCCAUGGCUUUUGUUUUCUCCUUGUUUGGGUUUGACUCAUUGAGUGAAUAUUCACCUUCUAUUUGACAUUGUCUAGAAUUGUGAGUAGUUGAGGAGCAUAGGUUGACACCCUGUGUUUGCCAUUUGAUAAUAACUUACCUGUAUGAAUAGCCUGGCCUAUAUCUAGUUUGGUAGGGCUGGGUUUGGGCUUAGUUUGGUUUGAAGAUGAUAUCUUUGAUUUGCUAAAUGUAAGUAUGGGACUUAGAACCUAUUCUGAGGCUUAGUAUACAUAGAAUAUACCCUAGGUCAUUAAUAAAGAAGAAGGCAUACACAUUAUGUGUGCAUAUCAUAGGUAUAUUUAGUGUAUGUGAACAAGCAAGCCAGCCAUAUAUAGGGUAGAUAUUCAUUGAAUGAGCAAUAGGGGAUAGGAAUUCCAUUAGGCAUUAAUCUUUAACUUAGUUUUAUUUUAGAAGAUAGAUGGGCCUAGCCCAAUUCAGAGUCAAUUAAGAGUGGAUCAGAUUUAUCAAGUCCCAAAAGUAAGAAAAAAAAAAGGUGACUCUAUUUUGGUUCAUCUCAUGAUUAAGUGCCUUGGUGCUGUUUUUGUUUAUCUUAUAUUUACAUGUUGCAAUCUCUGUUUUGGUUCCAUUUUUAUGACUAUGAGUUUGAUUUUGGCCAUUAUUCAUCUUAUGCCCACAUACUACAGUUUGUUUUAAUUACUCAAUAUCCAUGUGUCUUUGGUAUGCUUUUGUUCACAUUAUACUUGCUGGUUCCAGUAGCGUUUGUAAUUACAUUAUAUCCACAUAUGUUGAUCUAUACCAUACUUGUGCAUGAUUAAGGGAUUCUGAUUUAUCCUAUGGCUAUACUGGUUUGGGAUGUCGAGGUGAUUUAGGGCCUGGUCUUAGCCCUCCCCCCGAUGUCCUGUCAUGCCUGGGGUUCAUAAAACCCUUUGGAUCUUGUGCGGUGCUGGGAAUAUGGAUGGUGACGACUUUCCCCUUUUCACUAUCUAAAUCCCUACCAGUGAAGCCCAAAAGCAUAUACUCGAAUACUUAAUUUUAGAACUUGUAAAUUUGAUAUAUAUAUAUAGACUUAGUUAUACACAUGAUAAGUUCAGUAAAUAUAAACAAACAUAUAUAUAUAUAGACUUGGUUAUACACAUGAUAAGUUCAGUAAAUAUAAACAAACAUAUAUAUUUAUAGACUUGGUUAUACACAUGAUAAGUUCAGUAAAUAUAUAUAUAGACUUAGUUAUACACAAACGAACCGGGGUCCUUUGUUUCUUUUCUCCUCCACCACUGCAUGUCCAUUUGGGGCGGGUCACGCCCCAAGCUGUUGGGCUAAGGCCCAACAUGUAAUUCUUUUGAGUCAUGAUUGAGCCCAGCUGAGAAAUAGAAGCUAAUAUAUAUAUUAAUCGCGUAGAAGGCCUAACCAUGGGUGAAAAUGGCCAACUAGGGGCUUGGUACGCCCCUAGCCUAUCUUUCACUCUAUUUAUUUGCUUGAGUUAUACCUUUUCCUUUAAUUGUAAAGUUGGUGUAUUUGCACUUGUAAGAACUUGUAAAAAGCCUCAUAAUUUAUUGGAACUCUUAUUGUUUGAACUAGCCGUCUUAGGACAACGGUGCCUACACCGUUUAGUAUAAAUUGAAAAGGCUAAAAGGAUUUCAAAACUACAAGUAAAAUGGCAUCAUUUUUCCAAAAACCAAAAACAGAUCACGCGUCUUGUAUUAAUUGACACAAGUUUGCUGGACUAAAAAACGAACAAGGUUUUUCCUGAGCUGAAGUUCAAUUAGAGGCAAGCAUUUUUGGGCCUAAGCCCACCUAAAGUUUAAACAGAAAAUAAAGGGUUUUAGGCCAAAAUCCCAUUGAUGAAGAAUAGUAAGCCACUGAAAGAUUAUUGUGCAGAAAACAUGUUUUUGGGCCUGAGCCCAAUUUAAAGAGCAAAAGAAGAGACCAGUUUUAUGGGUGUGUCUACAUGGUUUCAAAAGAAAAACCAAACCAUUUUUCGUAAUCAGGUUGAUUCAAGAACAAGUGAAAUACGUUCAUACGAGGUUUUAGGAUAAGACGUUCUAAUGUAUUAUACGGACGGACCUGAGACAAAGUGUGAUUAAACAUAAACGGAAAAGGAUAUAUAUAUAUAUACAUACAUAUUUUCAAAACAAAAUAAACCAUUUUUAUAGAUAUUAUGAAUAAAGUACACUAUCCUUAUAUAUAAAGUAAGCUACUCUUAUCUGGAUAUCGUGAAUCCGAACUUAAACUACCCUAUAUAUAAAGGGAAUAUAUUCAAAUCUUUUUUUUUCAAAACAAAUGAUAUGCAAGCAAAUGAUAGAUUUUAUAAAUUUUGGAGUAAACACUAAAUACACAGUUCAUGCAAACACUCAUACAUUGGAAUUCGUAGAUCAACCGUUUAAUACUAGGGUGCCUAGCACCUUCCGUAAGGGAUCACCAGAACUCCUACCUAGAAGUUUGGAUUACAAAGGUUUUUUCACUGUAUAUGAAUAAACUCUUCAUCACUGGUUUUUCUAAUUUUCUAAAAAUUAGAUGGCGACUCUUUUUUAAUAAAGUCCAAAAGAGCACCAACGAGUUUAAAGUAGCUAUCCGAGCGCUAUCCCUGCCCACAAAAUGUGAACCGUUACAAAGGGCAGUCAUUGUGGGUUGAUAGCCCAAUGUGGUAAUUCUAUGCAAUUUUAGGAACCUUAAGUGGUUAUCACUUUGUUACUAUUGAUUUGAGCAUGUCACUACUAAAAAAAGGGGGAAAACCGACGGACCGCGUCGGUUUUUUUAAUGAAACCAACGGGAAACUGACCCUUUACGGUCCGUCGGUUUACAUAGCCUCGCUUUUUGGAAACCGACGGACCAACCAACCAAUUCUAACUAAGCUAACACAAAUACAUUGACAAUGAACAUAAAAAUUAGCACAAUCUCAAGCAAAUAUAUAUAUAUAUGAAAAGUAAACUAGUCAAAUAAAGUUUAUAUUUUUUCACAAAUUUAACAAUAAUUUAAGAAAGCACAACACCAACCAAUUCUAACUUUCAAUUCUCAAUAACAAUUCUAACUUUAAUAACUUAUGAAUUCUAACUUUAACAACUUAUGAAUUAUAUCUUCAAUAUAACUUUGAAAAGCACAAUCCCAACCAAUUCUAAAAAUUGAAAAGUAAAUCUAGCCAAAUAAAGUCCACAUUUUAGUUUUGAGGUUAUAAUAUUGUUAUAGAAAUAUUAUAACUUAACAUUCUAACCUUGAAAAGCACAAUCCUAACCAAUUUUAACUUUGAAUUCUCAAUAACAAUGCUAACUUUAAUAAUUUAUGGAUUCUAACUUUAAUAUAACUUUGAAAAGUACAAUCCCAACCAAUUCCAAAAAUUGAAAAGUAAAUCUAGUCAAAUAAAGUCUAAACUUUAGUUUUGAGGUUAUAGAAAUACUAUAAGUUAACAAUUCUACUUUGAAAAGCACAAUCUCAAUCAAUUCUAAUUUUGAAUGCUCAAUAAAAAUUCUACUAACUUAUGGAUUCUAACAAAAAGCACAAUUCCAAAAAAAAAAAAACUAGUCAAAUAAAGUAUACAUUUUUGCACGAAUUUAACAUCAAUAAUAUUACAAACAAUGAUAACUAAGCUAACACAAAUACAUUGACAAUGAACAUAAAAUAUAGCACAAUCUCAAGCAAAAAAAAAAAAAAAAAUGAAAAGUAAACUAGUCAAAUAAAGUUUACAUUUUUCCACAAAUUCAACAUUAAUAACGUUACAAAUGAUGUUUAACAAAGCUAAAUAGACUAACAUUAGGCCUAAAAUCUACAAAUAAAACUAAAAUUGAAAGAAUUUUAAAAGCCUUAAUUUAAAAGAAACUACCUCAAAUUACAAGUUAAAAACGGGGCUGGGAUAGGUGGGGUUGGACCGCGUAGGUAGCGGCGGGUAGCAGCAGGUGGCGGGCGUGGGCAGAGGGGGGGUGGGUGGCGGGUUAGGGUUUUUUAUUUUAGAGAGAAGUGGUUUUUUUUUUUUUUUUUUUUGGGAAGAUAGCGAAUGAUAUGCCAAACCCGUUUCUAUCAUAUUGUUAAAAAAAAAUCGACGCGGUCCGUCGAUUUUUUUAAAAUGUUGACCAGACUUUGACCAAACAAAAUAAAUUAAAAACUGACGUAGUCCGUCCGUUUCUUUAAAAAAAAAUCGUUUAUUAAUAUUUUACCAAAAAAAAUGAAUUAUAAAUUAUUUAAUAUAUUUUAAAUUUUGUUUUUAAUAAAACCGACGUGGGACGUCGGUUUUUGUAAAAAAGAUUUGGCAGAAAUAUAAUUUCAAAAUUUUGCGGAAAAAACCGACGUUGUCUGUCGGUUUUUUAAUUAAAAAAAUAAAAAAAAUAGAAAUACACAAAAUCGACGCACUGCGUCAGUUUUCAGUCGGUUUUUCAAAGCGACACAGUCCAUCGAUUUUUUGUCCGUCGAAUUUUGCUAGUUUUUUAGUAGUGUGUAUUGGCAUGAAUGUGGUUGCCUAUGAGUUGACACAUGAUGAACUUGAUUUCAAAUGAAAGAACUCAAGGUAAUGAAAACGUUUUAAUAAUUCAAAGUGAUUAUUUCUUCAUCAUUGACUUAUAAUGGGUAUUCAUGAUAUGUUGGCAUUUGUUUUGAACUGUUUCUUAGUAUGUAUUCCAUAUACACUUAUGACUUGUAUAUUUUUCUAUAUAACUAUUGUCCACGAGACACGCACUGAGUACCUAGUACUCAAGCUUACCAUUGUUGUUUUUGAUAGUGUAUUAGGUAACACAGAAGUGCAGGUUCAUGUCACACGUACGAAGUAGGAGACCUUGCUACUUUUUUCGGAGUCAUUGGGUGGAUUUCGGGGUGUACAGAUUAUAACUUAUCGAAAUGUAAGAUAUUGAUUCGAAUACUAGUGGAGCCCGCAACCAUGUCUAGUAGCAGCAGAUAAGUAGAUUCCAGGGAACCGCAAGGCAGAGAAACAACAAUGGCUACAACUCCUGGAUUUCUCACUGAUUGGCCUUGGAAGCACCUCGGUAGCUUUAAGUACGUGAUUUUGGCUCCAUGGAUUACUCAGAGCGUCUAUUCUUAUGUAACCAAAGAGGAAGAUGAGAGGGAUUCAACCAACCUGCUCAUAUUUCCUUUUCUACUCUCAAGAAUGCUUCACAACCAGCUUUGGAUUAGCUUCUCCCGUUAUAGAACUGCCAAAGGCAAUAACCGCAUUGUUGACAAAGGCAUUGAGUUUGAUCAAGUUGACAGAGAGAGCAACUGGAAAACCGAUGGGGAUGAUCAGAUUAUACUGAGCGGGCUUUUGAUUUAUGGCUUCAAUACGAUAACUUCCGGAGCUUCAAACUUGUCAUUGUGGAGAUCAGAUGGUGUGAUCAUGUCAAUUAUCCUUCAUGCUGGUCCUGUUGAAUUUCUCUAUUAUUGGCUUCAUAGAGCUUUGCACCAUCAUUAUCUCUACUCUCGUUAUCAUUCUCAUCAUCACUCUUCCAUUGUUACUGAGCCCAUCACAUCUGUGAUUCAUCCAUUUGCUGAGCAUAUAGCAUAUUUCCUGCUAUUUGCUAUUCCAACCUUAACAACAGUGUUCACUGGGACUGCUUCUCUGGCUUCUCUCUUUGGCUACAUUACUUAUAUUGAUCUCAUGAAUAACAUGGGGCACUGCAACUUUGAGUUCAUUCCCAAGUGGAUUUUCUCCAUCUUUCCCCCUCUCAAAUACUUGAUGUAUACGCCCUCGUUUCACUCCUUGCACCAUACUCAAUUUCGUACGAAUUAUUCGCUAUUUAUGCCAAUCUAUGACUAUAUCUAUGGGACCACGGACAAGUAUACUGAUUCGAUAUAUGAAAAUUCCCUGAAGAGGCAAGAAGAUACACCUGAUGUGAUACAUUUGACACAUCUGACUACCCCAGAAUCCAUCUACCAUCUCAGGCUAGGAUUUUCCUCAUUGGCCUCAAUGCCUCAUGAAAACCAUAAAUGGUACAUUUGGUUCAUGUGGCCAGUGACUUUGUGGACUAUGAUCACAAACUGUAUCUACGGACGCACUUUCAUUUUGGAGAGAAAUAGCUUGGAAAAGUUUAAAUUCCAAUCUUGGGCUAUACCAAGAUACAAUUUACAGUACUUGUUGAAUUGGCAAUCACAAGCUAUUAACAGCUUCAUAGAGGAUGCUAUACUACAAGCAGAAGAAAAAGGUGCCAAGAUCUUAAGUCUUGGCCUCUUAAACCAGGGUGAGGAACUUAACAGAAAUGGAGAACUUUACAUAGAGAGGCACCCUAAAAUCAAGAUCAAGGUGGUGGAUGGAAGCAGCUUAGCAGUUGCUGUUGUGCUAAACAGCAUUCCAAAAGGAACAACAGAAGUGCUUCUCAGAGGAAAUCUUACUAAAGUUGCCUUUUCUAUUGCUUCUGCUAUGUGUCAAAGGGGCAUCCAGGUGGCUACAUUGUACAAAAGUGACUAUGAGAAACUAAAACUUGCUACUAGUUCUCAGAGUAAUAUCGUGCUGUCAAAGAGACUUGAUCAAAAGAUAUGGGUAGUUGGAGAUGGAUUAACAGAAGAAGAACAGAUGAAGGCAGCAAAAGGGACACUUUUCUUGCCAUUCUCACAACUGCCUCCUAAGAAAGCUCGCCACGACUGCUUCUAUCACUACCCUCCUGCAAUGCUAGUUCCUCCUUCUCUGCAUAACUUGCAUGCUUGUGAGAAUUGGCUGCCAAGAAGGGCAAUGAGUGCGCCAAGAGUGGCUGGAAUUGUGCAUGUCUUAGAAGGAUGGAUUGUACAUGAGUGUGGAGACAAAAUGAUUGACGUUGAGAAGAUUUGGGAAGCCAGCAUCAACCAUGGAUUCAAACCUUUACCUUUUAAUGCUGAAUGAGAUAAAUGACAAAUAUGUAAUCUUUAAUUAAUUAGUUAGAUAUACUCUAAAACUGCGAGCUAAGGCCUUGUGUAUUUCAUGUCUUUGGCCAAUUAUGAUUACACUCAAAUUUACUUUGAGUAGUCCUUUUUUUCUUGUCAGUAUAUUAUCAAAUUGUAAUUUCGUAUGAACGAUGAAUUCGUGUUGUGUUA